CCGCGACGUCGCGACCGGAGAGCCCCUGCUUUUUGGGGCCCGUGCUCCGCAUAUCCGGCGCCAAAGGCAGUGAGAGCAGGUUCUUCCGUAAGUCACCAGCUUCGGGCAAGGCUGCCCCGCACAACCAUGUCGCGCUCCAGCACGCCCCUGGCCACGACGCGCUCCAAGAUGGAGCGCGCGUCGCGCGACACGAAGAAGAAGUCCCCGCUCCCGCACGACGAUCAGGCGCCGCGGCGCGAGGGCAUCUUCGUGCUCGGCGAGCAGGACCAGGCCGUCGUCUUCGACGCGGCUCUACGGCAGGACUGGGACUCGAUCACACGCAUAUAUGAUGCCUUGGACACGGAGCGCGAUUUGAGCGACAUGCGCACGGAGUACCGCGUUACCCUCGCGACGCGCUUGUGCGGCAAGAGCCCGGCCGAGAUGGCGCAGACCGAGGCCGACAAGCGCGUCGCGCGGCGGCGGAAGGCGCGGCGGAGCCGCCAGCAGUCGGUGGACGACCCGGACACUAUUAAUGAUUCGACGGCUACUUCCCAACUCCCGGCCAUCGAGCAGAAGCUAAGGAACCCUCUGGCCGCGAAGCGCGCGGUCAAGGGCAUGCGGCGGACCGUCGCGGGCCACACGGCGUUGCAUCUCGCGGCGCGGGCCCACGCGCCGCCGGAGAUCAUCGAGGGGCUCAUGAAGCUGCAGCCCGCGGCCAUCCGGGCGCGCGACCGCACGUCGCAGACGCCGCUGCAUUUGGCAUGUUGCGGCGGCGUGCCGUACAAGGCGACGCGGUCGACGAGCGUGCGCCACGCCGUCGGCGCGCACGCCGGCGUGGACCCGGCGAAGCGCGCCCGGGCUGUGGUGGACGCGCUGCUCUCGCAGGAGAGUAGUGACGUCGCGGGCGCGGUGGACGAAAGUGGGAGGACGCCCGUGGAGCUGGCGGUCGUCCACCAGCUCUGGACCUGCGUCGAAAGCUUGGUCGAGGCCUGCCCGCGCGCCGUGGCGCGGGCCGACCACCGGGAAACACCAUUGUGGGCGCUCGCGAAGCGGCACGGCGCCACGGAGCGCGUCAUGAAGGCCUUGGAGGAGGCGCACCCGCGCGAGAACAUGACGCUCAUCGCGUUGAUUCGGUGCGGCUUCUGGCUCGACGCGAUCAACGCCGUCCGGGAGCAGGGGGCGCACUCCAAGGACACGCGGGACCGGACGCCGCUCCACGUCUGCGCGAUGCACCCGGACGCGCCCGUCGGCCUGAUCGUGGCGGUGAAGGAGUCCUGGCCCCAGGCCGCGAACCAGCGGGACAAGGCCGGCUGGCUGCCGCUGCACCACUCGGCGCACCACGGCGGGCCCGCGGACUACUACCGCGAGGUCGAGCCGGGCGAGAAGCUCAUGGUCGACGAGUUCCCGUUCAUGGUGCCGCGGCCGCACGAGGACUUCGACUCGGACGACGAAAGGUUCAUUAGGCAGGUCGUCGCCGAGGAGGAGGCGCGGCGGGCGGCCGAGGCGGAGCUGCUGGACGAGGAGGGGUUUAUGGACUAGGUGUGUACAUGUGUGUUCUUACAGUC